CGAUCCACAUUUCCAAAAUGGCAUUCAACGGCACAUGGCAGGUGUACGUCCAAGAGAAUUAUGAAGAGUUCCUGAAAGCUAUUGCCUUGCCUGCAGACAUCAUCAAAACUGCCAAAGACAUUAAGCCAAUCAUUGAGAUCCAGCAAACCGGGAACAACUUUGUUGUCACAUCCAAAACCCCCAACAAAUCCGUGACAAAUACAUUUACGCUGGGGAAAGAAACAGAAAUGUCCACCAUGGAUAACAAAAAAGUAAAGUGCACAGUGAACCUGGUAGAUGGGAAACUAAUAUCCAAAACAGACAAGUUCACCCACGAGCAAGAAAUAAUAGGCAAUGAAAUGGUGGAGACAAUAACUGCGGGCUCGGCAACAUUUGUCAGAAAAAGCAGGAGGAUUUAAAACUGCAAAAGAAGACCUUACUUAGCAAUUGAUGUUUUUAUAUUUGGGAAAUAAAAUACACUUUCCAUAAUGUGUAAUGUUGUUUUG